AUGAAAUCUGCUGGAGCUUUGGCACCAAAUCACCAGGAUCCAUAUAUUCGUAGUAGAGAGAACCCAUUCUUUGACGGACUUUUAAGCAAAGAUAUUGAUGAAACAAAAACCUCAAAACUUGUCAUGGAUAUGUCUAAAAAUGACAUAGACCAUUUGCCAUUUGACAACUCAGCAUUCACAAAAGAUUUCAAGUAUGAAUCAAUUGAACACUCUCCAUCUGAAAAAUGGUUACAAACAAGCAAAAUUGCUCCAAUUAUACAACUAGAUAUUCAAUCAAAUGAAGAAGAGAAUUCACAUGCACCUUCAAUAUUACAACAUGUGGAAAAGAUAUACACUGUUACAAGAAGAAAAGAAAAGCUCCCAAAUGUUCUUCUUCCACUAUCAGCAGCUUCAUAUUAUAAUGGAGUAUCACCAGAAAUUCAAAUUGUUGAGUCGUGUGAAAGUAUUGAGAAGCUCAAUGCAUAUUUGAAGGCAAGAAAGGAUGAUGUUAAUGCUGGUGUGCCUGGGAAAUUCUUGUAUGCUGUAAUGGGAUCAGAUGAUGCUGAUGUUGGAACUGUGGCUUCAACAAUCAUGUACUCUUUCUAUCUAAAUAUAACUUCAAAAAAUGAUCAAAUCUGCAUAGUACCAAUUAUCAACAUUAACAGCAGAUCAAAUCUUGGCUCACAUGUUGAACUCAAGUGGUUACUUGAUUCAUGUCAAAUUGAUCAAUCAUCCUUAAUUUUUGAUGAUGAGAUUGAUAUGUCAUAUUAUGAUCUGUUUGGAAGUCUUAAGAUACUAUUGUUGAAGAGCAACAAAAUUGCCAAUAAACAAGAGAAAUUGAAGCAUGCUGUGGUUGAAAUUUUUCACCUCAGAAAGGGUGAUAUAAUAUAUCCAUGGGUAAAAAAUGUAACAACUGGAGAGGAAGGAUCUUGUUGUACAGCUAUAGCUGAAAAAUUUGCAGCAUAUUCACCAAAAUUAUUGACUUGCAAAUCCUUCAGUAAACUACUGUUAUCAGGAAUCCUAUUGGACACUGCAAAUCUAAGGGACCCUCGUUGCACCUCUAAAGAUAAGUACAUGGCUUCAUUAUUGAUCAAUGGUGCUGGUCGUUAUGGCUGCAAUGGUCUCUAUCAACUACUGAGGUACAAAAUGCACGACCUAUCUUCUAUGCAAGUAGGGGAUAUACUAAGAAAGGACUUUAAAAAGUGGAAAGGACUAGAAAAUAAUACAGAUUUAAGACCAAUAUCUCAAAUUGGCAUGAGUUGUAUUGGAAUUUCAAUUGGACAGCUUCUCUCUUACACGGACAAUCUAGCACAUGAAAUAACAUGUUUCCAAUCUGUGGAAUUUCUAACAAUUUAUCCCAGUCGAAUAUUUCUCGUCCUCAAUGUUGCAGAAAAACUUCGAAUACUUAUCAUAGUUUCAGGAUAUUUUAGCGAAGAAAAGAACUUCAAGAGAGAAGUUUUAGUAUCAACUGACUCCGUAAAGCUAUUGGAGAGUUUGCUCUUCUUCUUCGAUUUUAAUGCCUCUCGACUGCCACUCAAAAUUUUACAAAUCCCAGGUCUGAAAAAUGAGAUGAAAGCAUACCAGAUUGAUAAGAUUACAUCCAGAAAAAUAGUUGAGCAUCUCAUAGAGGAGUUUGUUGGAAUUCCAAAAGCCUAA